ACUAAUUAGCAAUAAACAUUCUCUACACACUAAAUUGUUAAUUUCUUUUGUUGUGCUUAAAUUAGUUUCGAAAAGUUAGUUUGGGUACUAUAAUUGUGAUUUUAUUGUUUAAUGUAUUGUUUUUAUUUUUUAGUUUUGUUUUUACGCAUUGCAUUGAACUAUAAAAAAGAAACAAGAUUUUAGAAAUAGAUAAUGUAUGAGUGGUAAUGAAAUGGUAGGGCGUUAAUUUAGUCACUAUCCUUUCUUUUCUUUUCUCUCCUCUAUCUUAUCCAAAUAAGAAUAAUUAUCCUUUCUUUUCUUUUCUCCCCUAUCUAUCCAAACACGAAUAGAAAUUAUUACUAUCCUUUUUUUUCUUUUCCUUUCUUUUCUCUCCUAACUAAUAUUAUCAUUUUUUUUCUUUUUUCUCCCGUUUAUCCAAACACACCCUUAAGUAUCUACAAUGGUAAAAGCUCGCAUUAGCACGUCAUAAGGCAUGACUCUAUGCCAGCUAUGAACUGGGAGAAUACAACACUAUUGUUAUAUCUUAACAAGUCGGGCUUGUAAAUUGUAAAUGUUGCAGAAAAAUUUGGGCUGGGCCUAUAUGCAGAAGACAAACUACAUGGCUGCAGGGGUGGUGUACCAGAAAGCCCAAAUGAUCGACCCCGAUGCCAACAAGGCGUGUAACUUGGGCCAAUGUCUGAUCAGGCAAGCCCGGUAUGACGAGGCCCGGUCAGUUCUUGAAGAUGUGCUUCAAGGUAGAUUUCCAGGUUCUAAUGAUUUGAAAUCCAAAAAUCGGGCAGAGGAAUUGUUACUGGAAGUUGAAUCCCGGCAACCGCCGGAAGAAGUGUCAAAUUUUAUGGGGCUUAAUCUUGAAGAUGACUUUGUUGAUGGGCUUGAAAAGUUGAUGACUGAUUGGGCCCCAUUCAGAUCCAGAAGGCUUCCCAUCUUUGAAGAGUUCUCUCCAUUCAGAGAUCAGUUGGCCUGUUAAAGUUUUUUCUUUUUUCUUUUUUUCCUAGAGAGGAAAUUUUGGCAAGUAAUUGAAUAUCUGUCUUAUCUUUUUGACACACUAGAAUAAACAAACAAAAAUUAAUAAUAAUAAUAAUAAUAAUAAAGAAGUAGUGUAUGAGAAUGAGAUUUAAUUGUCACCAUUUGCUAGAAGUUAUUGUUGUAGAAUUUUGAUUAUAUAUACAUAUAUAUAUAUAUAUAAU